ACUUAAUAUCGUCAUGGUGCGAGUGGCGUAAUUUUAAAUAUGCUGCAUUGUUGUGUUUAUCGAACCGUAACAAUUUUGCAGUCGUGAUAUCAAAUAUAGUAGCAGUAUACACGUUCAACUUUUAUACAGUAGACUAUUUGGUGAGUUUUGAUUAUCAUUGAUCAGUAGUACCGAAGAUGACGACGUACCGUAGUUUUUAUUUAUUCAACAGCACAUAAACUUAUAACUAGUGGCAUUCAACGUUUUAUUAAAAAAUAUUGAUAUGGCACAAUGUGUUAAUUAAUUCAUUUAUCGAUAUCUGAAUAAAUGUAAUAUAAUGAGUAAGAUUACCCUAAAGCAAGCGUUUCCACCGCCUGACAAGAAACAGUUAUCAGACCACACAGAAGACUUCUUCCACUUCUUUUCAUCAGAUGAAAUCAGAUUUAUCUGUCUUACUUAAUGAGGAGGAACAAGAUUUUUCAUCACAACGUUAACAUUUGGAAUAUCAAUUCGUGAAGUAAUUUGCUACGAUGAUGUAUUUUACGAUCAUGUUUCCAAAUGAAUUUCGUCGAACUACAACUAUUUUUAUGUAAGACUCCUGCAUAACCUUGAACUCGAAUAUGGAUAAUGUUGGUUUACCUUGAAGUGUGCAUUUGACAAUAUCUUCAUAUUCUGUUUGGUCUUUAAUUUUUAAUCUUCAUGAUACAAAUGUCCCUUAACUUAUAUUUCUCACCGUGGUACACUUUUUAAAAUCUAUACUUCUUCAUCAUUAAGAUAAAUUCUCGAACUCCCGCUGAUUAUACCAAUAAUCUCCACUCAAUGAAAGAUUAUAUACGGUUGAAUUCUCCGAAAUGUAUAUUCACCAUUGGAAUGCCAACUAAACGACCUCAUUAGUGCUCAUAACGUACUCCUAUGUAUAGUAUUGAUACAGCUUUUGGUCAUCCUCACUUUCAACCUUUAAUGGAAAUGAAUGGAGGGACAAUAAAAAACGAAAGUCUAUACAGUCUUCUCGCAUCUAACGGUUCUUCUUUUGGAAUAGAAAACAAAAGCAGCAAUGUUAAGUCGCUGCUAAAUAUUGCUCAAAUGCGUGAAGAGAAACAAAACAAAUUUCAAAGCGAAAACUCAGCGAUUAUAACAGAUAAUAUUUCACUGCAUUUGAGUAAUUUUUCAUUAGGACAAAAUAAACCAGAAAUUAAUAAGCCUGGAAACCGAUCAAGCAGAUCAAGGACCAAAAGAAACACCAGUCCAUGGACAUAUAAUAGCUCAAAACUUGAAAAUCAGAAUAAAUCUCCGAAAAUCCAAAACCGGACUGUAGCAUGUGGUGUGGAUUUUAAUGAAGUUCCGGUAAAAACAAUACCCAAAAGCUGCGUAAAUGAACCAACUAGUCUUCCGGUUUCAUUAUAUGAGUCGAUUAGUACACCGUGUGUAAAGCCGUCAUCAGAUAAAACGAUAAAAACAUGUCUCACUCCGGAAAUGGCAAUGAAGUUGUAUUUUCAUAAACUUAGCGCGUACGAACACCAGGAAAUAUUGAACUAUCCUUAUGUAUAUUUUGUGGGACAUAAUGCAAAGAAAAGAAACGGAAUUUUAGGGACAGGAAAUAAUUGUGGUUAUGACGAUGAUCAGGGUUCCUACAUACACAGUGCACACGAUCAUGUUGCCUAUCGUUAUGAGGUUUUAAAAAUACUUGGGAGAGGUAGUUUUGGACAGGUUGUUAAAGCCUACGAUCAUAAAGAUGGUGUUUAUGUUGCAUUAAAAAUGGUGAGAAAUGAAAGGCGUUUUACGAAUCAAGCGACUGAAGAGAUUCGAAUUCUCGAACAACUGAAAAAACAGGAUGUAGACAAUACACGUAAUGUCGUGCAUAUUUCCGAACACUUUACUUUUCGUGGUCAUGUUUGUAUAACAUUUGAACUACUAAGCAUAAAUCUAUAUGAACUUAUCAAACGAAGUAAAUUUCAAGGGUUUCCUCUACCGCUAGUUAGAAAAUUCGCUCAUUCAAUUUUAGUAUGUCUGGAUAUGUUGCACAGAAAUAAAAUUAUUCACUGUGAUCUAAAACCGGAAAACAUCUUGCUUAAACAACAAGGUAGGAGUGGGAUUAAAGUGAUCGAUUUCGGUUCAAGUUGUUAUGAAAGUCAGCGUCUAUACACUUAUAUACAAUCGAGAUUUUACAGAGCUCCGGAAGUGAUUCUCGGGUGUAAGUAUGGUCUACCGAUUGACAUGUGGAGUUUUGGAUGUAUUCUAGCGGAGUUACUAACAGGUGCUCCUAUAUUUCCAGGGGAAGAUGAAGGAGACCAACUUGCUUGUAUAAUAGAAUUGCUUGGGAUGCCACCUCAAAAGCUACUGGAUCAAUGUCGAAGAGUGAGAAGUUUUUUCUCGGCGACUUAUGGAUACCCAAGAUACUGCAUGGCUAUGGAUGCAAAUGGCUGUGUCGUACUUCGCAGUAGUAAUACCAAAAGGGGUAAAAUUAGAGGUACUCCUGGAAGUCGGUCAUUAGUCACAGCCCUUAAAGGUUGUGAAGAUACAGUUUUCCUUGAUUUUAUUAGGAAGUGUUUACGGUGGACACCAGAGGAGCGUAUGACUCCACGAGAGGCUUUUAAACAUGAGUGGCUUCGCAGAAAACUGCCGAAACCUCCUGGAGCUAGGAACAUGUCUUCUAAUGUGUCGAAUCCCAACACAAUAAACAAAGUCACUCAUACUACACAAUUACCGCAUAAUAUUUCCACAACUAUUAGUACUGCAUCCAACACAACCACGACAAUUUCAGUUAACACAUCUAUAAGUAUAAACUCCCUUGGAAAAGUUCAAAGUAGAGUUUCUAAAACCGAAUGUGCUAGUAAGUUGAAUGGUGAGGGAUGUGUACAUCAAAUUGAAAAUAGUUCUGUUCAUGCAGCUGUUCAUAAUUCAUGUGACUCUACGAAGGCUACAGCCCCUUAUUCUAUCACAAGUACGCCAAUAGCUACAAUUGAACCUAGAUCUAUUACAUCAGUUAAUAAAUCUGCAAGUCAAAUGUAUACUAACUCUGAAAUUACUCCAGAAAAUAAAAUAACAAUGAUCGUUACAACUGAAUCACUUCAAGAUGUAGGUGAAAAAAGACUUAUAAGGGAGAAAACAUUAUGCACCGAUAACAUAAGACAAUCUGAACAUAAAGAACGAUAGUGUAAAACUUAUAACUAGGUGACAUUAGGUAUACACUACUGCAAUUUUCGAAUAAGCUGAUACAUCUCCCAACAUUGAUAUGCAGAACUUUAUCUUUGGACAACUACCUUUUUUCCUCAAACGGAUAUUUGAGAAUAAGAUGAAAAAACAAUUAGCUCCACUUUUCUGACUUUAUUUCGUGUAAAUCCUGUUUUUAUUUUCUUUUUUAUAGUUUGCUUUUACCUGGGUGUAUUUUGAUGAUAAUUUCAAACAGUGAGAGAAUUAGUUUAAUAAUCUCAUUCAUACUUAUUUUUUCACACAUUUGUUAUUUUAAUGCGAAGUAAUUGAUGGCAAUAGCAACAGUAAUAAUAAUAGUUAUGAUUGUAGCCAUGAAACCAUUAUCUUGACUUGUCUGUAUAAAUUUACUAAACUUUUGUAUGUAUGACAUACAAGAUUGUUGAGAUGUAUCCCAGUGAUAUUUCAAAAUUAUUAUGCUGGUAGUAAAAACCAAACAUUCAGCUUUUGUUAGUAUCUCAGUUUUUUUAUUUUCUGUAAAAACUGGAUGAUGUAAUAAAAAUGUUAAUAAUGAUAAUAAUCAGUAAUGUAAAUUAAAGACAAUUUCAUGUAGCAAAACACCAGUUCAGUGAAUUACUAAAAGUAAAUAUGAAUUCAUUUGUUUAAUGUGUAAACAAACCGAUUUGAGUUUGACACAUGUAUAUGCAGCCGUGACGAAGUAAAAACUGAGUUUUAAACGAGAUGGUCAAAACAUGACAAUCGUGAUGCGUUAUUUUAAUACCCAAGUACGUAGACUAAAUAGAGCUGAAAAACACUUAGGUGGGUCUUUCAACUUACCAACAUAGAGCACAGAUUAUGUUGACCAUCUCUUAAGAUUAUGACUAAGGAGAAGUUUAUUUUCACCACAUUGAAGAUACGUAGACUCGGGAGUGUUUUAGAAUAGUGGGGAUAAUUCAGUUGUGUUGUCAUAUUGUGUGCUGAAAUUUUAGUCUGUAGCACGAAAAAAAUAUUCCCCUUUCACCACUAUUGCAAUAACACAUUGGUAUUAAGGCAUAUUCACUCGUAUAUUUAGUGUACAAUUGACACUCCAUUUUGAAUUAAUGCAGAUACUUUGGAGGAGAUACACCCAGAUUACGGUGAAUGUUUAGGGAUAGAAAUAUUUCCGAGAAAGUAUUCAUUACUACUACUUCUCUACACCACGAAUAGUGUCUAUGCCUUUACCAUUCCUUAUCGAUAACAAACACCGAAGAUGACAAGCAAAUGUAAAAUAGUUUACAGCUAGGAAAUCCAAAAAUUACUCUCAAUUUUCAGUUUCAUUGAUGUUACUAAACUCACGUUUCUCACUGCAAACAACUUAGACAUUAACUAUUCACGUUUUUAAGAUUAACAUAUAGCUAUGUAGAUCGUCUGUCGUUAAAAGUGUUAUUUUUAAACAAAUAACUUGCCGUCCAGUGCUUCCAGGUUUU